AUGCAGACCGGGCUGGUGAGGACUUACGUCGCAAUCCGAGCGUCGUACGUCGACAACGACAAAGUCCUUGCCCGGGGUCUUGUCGUGAAACCAGGCGGUGAGCUCGUCGACGCUGAUCGAUCCAGGUUUAGUCGCGGGCUCGCUGUAGACUUUCUGCCAGUCGGACUGGUUGAUUGGAUGCUCUUCUGCCGUCAUUGCGUGUGUCGAAGGUGUUGUGCUGGUGGUCGUUGUCUCCGAGGAGGAAGUGAGCACAGCCAGCAAGUGAUAUCAACGGUCGAGCCGUGUCGUAUUUCAAAUUCCCGAUCGCACAGGUGCCGAUGCCAUGUUAGGAAGAAUUUCGGAUGUACCGGGCAGCUACGCUCGGACCGGUCAGCGUCGCGGUUGCGGGGUAAACGUUUGGACCGGCUCAGCACCAUCAAACGGUUGUUCAACGACACCAACACACGAGCUCCAUUCACCAUCAGACUCGGGCUGAACGAGACCACACGCGACACCAAGAUGAUCUCGUUGCGAACAUCUCUGGCGAGCACAAGCCUGGCUGCCGCCUUGGUGCGACGUCCCAUCGCCUGCUCCUCGAUCAACGUCCUCCGCAGCUACUCGACGGUUACCGACCCAUCGCAACUCGUGACGCUCAGCCCACUCUCCGACAUCGCCAAAAGCGAGCUCGGAUCCACUUCACCCUACGACGAGCACAUUUCGGUGUUGACGCUCAACCGUGCACCUGCCAAAAACGCCAUCUCACGAGCACUUCUGGCCGAGAUGGAUCAGCACGUCACGUCGUUGCUCACCUCAUCGACAGUGCGAACGCUCUUGAUACGCUCCUCCGUACCAGGAACUUUCUGUGCCGGUGCCGAUCUCAAGGAACGCAAAGGAAUGUCGAAACCAGAGGUGGACGCGUUCCUGCUUGGUUUGCGGAAAGUGUUCACCAACGUCUCACGGUUGCCCAUGCCUACCAUCGCUUGUCUUGACGGUCUGGCUAUGGGCGGUGGAUUGGAGCUGGCGCUCACCUGCGACUUGCGCAUCGCUGGUCCAGCAGCGACAAAGCUCGGCCUGACCGAGACCAAGUUGGGCAUCAUCCCCGGUGCAGGCGGUACCAGUCGAAUGACGAGGUUGGUCGGACCUGCUCGUGCGAAAGAACUCAUCUUCAGCGCCAAAUUGGUGGAUGCGGUCGAAGCGAGUCGCAUCGGUUUCGUCGAUAUCGUCGCCAAGGAAGGCGACGGGACAGCAGCGUUCAACAAGGCUGUACAUUUGGCAAGAUCUUUUGCAAAGAAUGGACCUCUGGCGGUUCGAGCAGCCAAGCUAGCCAUCGACAAGGGAGAGCAGAUGGACCCUGAGACGGCACUCGACUUUGAGCGUCAGUGCUAUGAGACGAUUCUGGGCACCAAAGAUCGUCUCGAGGGUCUCAAGGCGUUUGCCGAGAAGCGAGAGCCAGUGUAUCGGGGCGAGUAG